GGGGUAAUCGCAGGUGGUAAAGGGUAACAAUCUGCCGACGGGAGGCGACAGAAGCAGGUGACUAGUAUCUGGAUCAGGUUUAUGAUCGGCUUCACUGAUCCAUCCCGGUUUUCUCCCCCCCUCGUUUCUCCACAAUGCGGUCCUCGGUUUGGUUCGUCGCCAAUUGCGCUCUCAUCCUCUGCGCUCUCCGGUUGAUUGACGGGGCCAAAGGACACCGGCUGUGUACCGAGACGGACUACUACUAUGAGUACACAGAGUGUGACAGCACGGGAUCACGGUGGAGAGUGGCAAUCCCACAGAGCCCCGGGGCUUGCACUGGACUACCAGAGCCAGUACGCGGCACAGAGUGCACCUUCUCAUGCGAGGCCGGGGAGUUCCUCGAGAUGUCGGCUCAGGAGUGUACCCCGUGUGCAGCAGGGAGCUACUCCCUCGGCAGCGGCAUCCGCUUCGAUCAAUGGGAUUCCAUGCCUGCUGGAUUCAGUAGCCUGGCAACCUCACUGGAGUACAAUCCCCACAGAGACGACAGGCUCACCUGCAACAGUUCUACCUGGGUGCCUCAAGGAAACUAUCUGGAGUCCAACAGGGACGAAUGCACAGUGUCUCUCAUCUAUGCUGUUCAUCUGAAGAAACAGGGCUCUGUCAGCUUUGAGUACCAGUAUCUUGACAACAACCUGCUGUUUGAGUUCUUUAUCCAGAAUGACCAAUGUCAGGAGAUGGAUCAGUCUGCUGAUACAAAGUGGCUCAAGCUCACCAAUCACGGUGAAUGGGCAACGCAUACGGUGAACCUGAAAUCUGGCACCAACAUCCUGUACUGGAGGACCGGUGGGGUCGUGAUGAGAGCCAAAGGGGUGAAGCCUGUUUUGCUAAAAAAUGUUCAAAUAGAAGGAGUUGCCUACACAUCCGAGUGUUUCCCAUGUAAGCCGGGGACGUUCAGCAGAGUCCCAGGAUCCACUGCAUGCGAUCCCUGUCCUCGGGACGCCUUCGCUGGCCACGGGGCCAGCUCCUGCACCCCCUGUAACACUACCACUCAGUAUGCAGCGGAGGGAUCUGCUGUGUGUAAGGUCCGGCCUCCAUGUUCAAGGAAGGACUAUUUCCAGAUCCACACAGCAUGUGACCAUGAAGGCAAGACACAGGUCAUAUAUAAGUGGAUUGAACCUAAAAUCUGUCUGGAGGAUGUGACUGGAGCUGAGUCGUUGCCUCCAAGUGGAGAAAAGGAGCCCUGCCCCCCCUGCAACCCUGGUUUCUAUAACAAUGACACAGCCACCUGCUCACCAUGCCCACCUGGGACCUAUUCUGAUGGGAUGAAACCGUGUGAUCGGUGUCCAGCAGGCACUGAGCCCACCUUGGGUUACGAGUAUAAAUGGUGGAAUGUUCUUCCUGCGAACAUGAAGACCUCCUGUUUCAAUGUGGGCAACUCCAAAUGUGACGGUAUGAAUGGCUGGGAGGUGGCAGGUGAUCAUGUCCAGAGUGGAGCAGGGAGCUCGGAUAAUGAUUACCUCAUCCUCAACAUCCAUGUUCCUGGCUUCAAGCUCCCUACGUCCAUGUCGAGUCAUUCUGGGACGGAGUUCGGUCGCAUCGCAUUUGAAUUUGAAACUGUGUGUAUUGCUGACUGCGAGUUCUACUUCAUGAUGGAUGUAAACAGGCAGAGUACUACGGUGGUAGAGUCAUGGGAGAGAACCAAAACAAGACAGACCUACACACACAUCAUGACACAGAAUGCCUCGGUUUCCUACACAUGGGCUUUCCAGAGGACAAACCAGCCUUCAGAUGUACGCCGGUACGUCAACGACGUGGUGCGAAUCUACUCCAUCUCAGUGAGUAACGUGGUCGAUGGGGUGGCCUCUAGGUGCCGGGCUUGUGCCCUCAGCACCCAACCCUCCAGUUCUACCUGUGUGCCGUGUCCACCUGGACACUACAUUGACGAGCGCACCAGCCAGUGCACAGAGUGUCCCCGUAACACAUACCUCGUCCCGCAUGCCACGCCGGGCCCGGACGCCUGCAAACCCUGUGGACCGGCUAGCAAGAGCGACAAGGACCACAGUUUAUGUUACAGUGACUGUCACUUCACCCACACUGAGGGCAAUGUCACUCUGACUUAUGACUUCAGCCUCCUUGGGUCCGUAGGAUCACUAAUGAACGGUCCAAGCUUUACCUCCAAAGGAACCAAGUACUUCCACAACUUCAAUAUCAGCCUGUGUGGAGGAAAGGCUCAUCUGGCAGUGUGCACAGACAAUGUAACAGACCUAUCCAUCACCGACUACCAGAGGGAGAAAGGCGAAGGAAUCAAUGCUGUCAAGACUUUCAUCUGUCAGUCCACAAUAAUCCCAGCUACUGGACGAGGCUUCAACACAGCGCUCACCUCACAGUCCAUUAACCUGGCUGACACAUUACUUGGAGUGACAGUUGAUAGUACACUUGAUGGAAUAAGGGCGAGACCAGAGCUGUACCCCCAAACCACCAAGAAAGUCGCUGAUGUCAACUUCUACUACAGGUCCCUGGAGCCGACCUCAUCUUGUGAGUCAGGCCGGAGCGCAGUGGUGACAAUUCGCUGUAAUGCAGAGAAGAGCACUAAAGGAGAGCUCACAGUUCCCAGUCAGUGCCCUGCAGGAACAUGCGACGGCUGCACCUUUCAUUUCCUAUGGGAGAGCUCAGGAGCUUGUCCUACGUGCACAGAGAGAGACUACCAUCAGAUAGAGGGAGCUUGCAAAGGAGGACACCAGGACCUGCUGUAUGUGUGGACUGAACCAAAGCUGUGCAUGGGAGGUGUGACCCUGCCUGAAAAGAAAACCUUGCCAUGUGAGGGUAUGGAGUUCUGGGUACGGCUCGGUGCGGGGAUGGGAGCUUUCACCGCAGUGCUGCUUGUCUCGCUCACCUGCUACUUCUGGAAGAAGAACAAAAGGUUGGAGUACAAGUACUCUCGGUUGGUGAUAUCUGCCAAUAAGGAGUGUGAGAUGCCAGGAGCUGACAGCUGCGCCAUGAUGGAGGGAGAGAACGAGGGAGACAUGGAGGAUGAUAUCGUGUACACAAAACCUUCUCUACUUGGCAAACUCAAAGCGAUAGCAUCCAAGGGAAAUGGAGAGCACUAUGAACAUGUGCAGCUAAACUCCUCUCAUUCCAAAGCGUUGGUAUGGAGCUAGAGAGGUCGUAAAGUGAGGGGGGAGAUCGGACCCUCGAGAGACUCUCCACUGAACCACCCCUUUAACCAACCACCCCCUUUAUGAGCUCUGGCACCUGAAAUACCAACUGUGUGUACAUACACGCAUUAACACACACGUCAUGCACCUAGAGCCAGGUUCAGAGAAGUCACGAACAUGGUGGCCUUAAAGCUCGGUACGACAGAGCCGUCCGACUUGAAGCAUAGUACUGUGAAGCAGGUGUGUGUGUGUGAUAGACACUUCCUGGUAAUAUUCUGAUUCAAACUGAUGUCAGAAAGGCUGUUAGAAGAGCUCAGGGUAAGACAAGGACCUAUUUGAUUGAUGUUCUCUUUUGAUAUUAAUUUCAGUCUGUGCAGUGUCUAAUGCUUGUUUAGACUGCCAUGGUGGGAUUUGCCAUCAGGAUCAUCAAUGGUGAGUGUGUGUGUGUCCAUCUCCCAUAGGCGUUUACACAGACCGCCAUAUAAAGCCUCCGUCUUCUCAUCUGUUUGUUCUUUUGCUUAGUUAAAAUAGUUGUAACGAGGAGAAGUGUUUUGCUAAAGUGAAAAUGAAGAUGUCAUAUUAUGCGGCUAAGGUUGUGGUGUUGACUGUCUAUUUACGUAAAUUAAAUAAUUAUGUAUUUAUGUAUAAGUGGACCCGGCUUGAUUGAUUUCCUAGUAACGAUUAUUUUGAGAAACUCUCUGAAGGGCUUGGAGACGCACAGGUUAAAGUGGAAUUGUUGUUUGGAAAUGGAUUUAAAGCAAUACAAUUUAUGUUUUGGGCACUAUCAGUCCAUUGAUCAGUCCUGAAAAUGCAGGCAACUUAAUGCUUUUUUUGCCCUUUGGCUCAUAGCAGUUGAGUUGUAAAGUAAAAUAGCCAAUAAUGUACUGUUUACUACAUUUACAAGUAAACUGACUGUUUUCCAUUAGUAAUAGGAUUUCAAGAUUUUUUUGUAAUGACAAAUGUUCACUUAAAGUGGAAAAUAUACAGUUUCCCAAACCUGAUCUUGACAACAAUAAACAUUUUAAUGGAGCUCUCUUCAAGGAAAAGAAAAAAAUCGGUUUCUGAUCCACAUAGCAAAUAUAAUAAAA